UACAAUAUUAUCAUUUACAAAAGCCACCAUCAACAAAGUGAUCAAAGUUCCUGUUUUGACCCUUCCAGCUUCCUUCCACGACCCUUCUCAUCAAACCCCUAAUCAUAAAGGGUCGAAAAAGGCUUCGGAAAUCUAUGCUACUCAGUGCGUAAUUACUGAGAUCUGCCUUCAUCCUGGCUCAACCUUUGACUUGGUCACAGGGGUGGUUUGUUGAUGGGUGCUUGCUGGAGUAAUAGGAUUAAGGCUGUAAGUCCUUCCAAUACAGGGAUAACCUCGAGAAGUGUCAGCAGGAGUGGCCAUGACAUAAGCUCAACUAGCAGGAACUCAUCAGCCUCCAUAUCCGUCACUUCUCGGAGUGAAGGUGAAAUCUUGCAAUCGUCCAACUUGAAAAGCUUCAGCUAUAAUGAGCUUAGAGUCGCCACAAGAAAUUUCCGCCCAGAUAGUGUCUUGGGGGAGGGUGGGUUUGGUUCAGUUUUUAAGGGCUGGAUUGAUGAACAUUCACUUACUGCUACCAAACCGGGAAUAGGCAUGAUUGUUGCUGUGAAGAAGCUUAACCAAGAUGGGUUCCAGGGUCACAGAGAAUGGUUGGCUGAAAUAAACUAUCUUGGGCUACUGCAGCAUCCUAAUCUUGUCAAGUUAAUAGGAUACUGCUUUGAGGAUGAGCAUCGGCUUUUGGUUUACGAAUUCAUGCCUAAGGGUAGCAUGGAAAAUCAUCUUUUUAGAAGAGGUUCUUACUUUCAGCCAUUCUCAUGGAGUUUGCGACUGAAAAUAGCUCUUGGGGCUGCGAAGGGCCUUGCUUUUCUUCACAGUACAGAACCUAAAGUCAUAUAUCGUGACUUUAAAACUUCAAACAUCCUACUUGAUACACAUUAUAACGCCAAACUUUCUGAUUUUGGGUUGGCCAGAGAUGGUCCAACUGGUGAUAAAAGCCAUGUCUCUACCAGGGUCAUGGGAACCCGAGGAUAUGCCGCUCCAGAGUAUUUAGCUACAGGUCAUCUGACUGCCAAGAGUGACGUAUAUAGUUUUGGAGUAGUUCUUCUGGAAAUGAUAUCGGGAAGACGAGCCAUAGACAAGAACCAGCCAUCUGGGGAGCAUAACCUUGUUGAAUGGGCAAAACCUUACCUAUCUAAUAAACGAAGAGUUUUCCGUAUAAUGGAUCCACGUUUGGAAGGUCAAUAUUCACAUACUCGAGCUCAAGCAGCAGCGGCACUUGCCAUGCAAUGUCUUUCUGUAGAGUCCAAGUGCAGGCCAACUAUGGAUGAGGUGGUAAAAGCAUUGGAGCAGCUUCAGGAAUCAAAGGACAUGCAGAGAAAAGGUGCUGAUCAUAAACAUCAUCAUGUACGCAAUUCCGGCCAAGGCCGAUCCACCGGCACCCAUGGUGGUGCAGAUGUGCCUAGAAUUGCUUCUGCUUAUCCUAGACCUACAGCUUCUCUCCUUGGCGGUUGAUACACUUUGGUGAUGCGGCAAGUAGGAAGCAGAAUACACAGGAUUCAGAGGUUUAGGUGUGGCAUGAACCAUAUAUAUUUAUGUAAGCAAUGUAUAGUUUGCAUUAUUUCUGUUAUAUUUUGUGCUAUAUAUAGAUAUUUUUUUGCUGUUGUGGUCCUGAUUGUUAGACAUGCAAGAGUCUAAUGUGGAUCCUUGAUAUUAUGGUGUUCAUUAAUUUUGAACCCUGUAGAAAUUUGCAACACUGCCAAUGUGGUUUAUGCUCUUCAUAUUUAUCUUUUUGCUUUAAAUAUGUGAAAAAGUCUUAAUGAUGUUGA